AUGAUGUCCCUGGUUCUUCCCACCCUGCUCUACCUCGGAAGUCUUCCACCACCUGUUAUCACAGCUCAGCCUGGAUCCAUGGUUCUAUAUAAUGAACCAGUGACCAUCCUAUGCCAAGGGCCACCCGACGCUGAAGCCUACGAGAUAUAUAAAGUGGAAGAACCUGAGCCCAGGGACAGAAGGAAAUUACUGGUGGCUGGGAGAACCAACACUUCAUAUAUCCAAGAGAUGAAACCAGACAAGACAGGACUGUACCGCUGUUCCUAUAAAAGUGGAGAACACUGGUCCCUGUUCAGUGACCCCCUGCGUGUGGUGAUGACGGGAACUUUUGACAAACCCUCCCUCUCAAGCAUGAGUGGCACGGUGGUGGCUUCAGGAGACAAUGUGAAGUUACAGUGUUUCUCCAGAAUCAGAUUUCAUGCAUUUAUCCUCACCAAAGAAGACGCACCUCAGUUCACCCAGAGACAAAGCUCCAUAACCCAGGACAAUGGACAGCAGACCACCUUCCACAUGGACCAUGUCAUGUCCACACAGGCAGGGACCUACAGUUGCUACGGUGCCUUCAGCAAAGACCCCUAUGUGUGGUCUCACCCCAGUGACCCAUUGCAGCUUGUGGUCAGAGGAAGUCUCCCCCCACCUGUUAUCACAGCUCAGCCUGGAUCCAUGGUUUUAUAUAAUGAACCAGUGACCAUCCGGUGCCAAGGGCCUCCAGGCGCUGAAGCAUACAAGAUAUAUAAAGUGGAAGAACCUGAGCCAAAGGAUGGAAAGAAAUUACUGGUGACUGGGAAGACCGACACUUCAGCUAUCCAAGAGAUGAAACCAUACUGGACAGGACCGUACUGCUGUUCCUAUCAGAGUGGAGGACACUGGUCCCCACUCAGUAACAUCCUGCAUCUGGUGAUGACGGGAUCUUAUGACAAACCCUCACUCUCGACCAUGAGUGGCACGAUGGUGGCUCCAGGAGACAAUGUGACUUUACAGUGUUUCUCCAGAAUCGGAUUUCAGGCAUUUAUUCUCACCAAAGAAGAUGCACCUCAGUUCACCCAGAGACAAAGCUCCACAACCCAGGACAAUGGAAAGCAGACCACCUUCCACAUGGACCGUGUCACCUCCACACAGGCAGGGACCUACAGAUGCUACGGUGCCUUCAGCAAAGACCCCUAUGUGUGGUCUCACCCCAGCGACCCAUUGCAGCUUGUGGUCAGAGGACCUGCUGGUUGGAGUGUGUCCCCUGAGAACCAAGUCCGGCUAAGCCUGGCUGGCCUGGUUCUCUUGGUCCUGGUGGUCCUGGUGGCAGAGGCCUGCUACAGCCACAAGAGGUCCGUCUAUGGACUCAGAUCAGCUCCUUAUCUGAGCAUCAUGACAAACACCUAG